AAUAGACUAAGCAAGGCCAAUGUUUUCCUUUCCCCUGUUUUCUGUCUUUGCAUAGCCGGUUUAGUUACAUCCCUUAAAGAUUUUUGUAGCUCUUCACAACCUGAUGGCUAGUCCCACGCGAGUGCCACCCCCUUCUAACGGUAACCAAGCUCACACCGUAACGUGUGGGCGUACAUGUUGCAGGGAUAGUAAAACGGCAGCUGGUCCAGAUGUGCCGCAUGGUUUCACCAUCUGCCUGUACCCCCCCCUUGCUACUGCAUUGGGCGAACUGAUGCACGAGGGCAUAUCCGUCAAGAAAUUUCCGACUUCUCGCACCAUGAUAGCUCCAUAUAUUUAGUUGCAAAACCGCUUCUUUUUUUUAAAUAAUUUUCAGCAUAUAUUAUUCCAACCUUUUCUUAAGCCCAUUGCCUAUUUACUGCUGUAAGGUACUGAACAUCACUAGCUUUUUCCCAGAUAGAACUAUAAAAAUGUCCGCCAUCGCAAAAGUUCCCGCUUCGGUUGUGCCAGCUCUCCCAAGCCCAAAUCUUCUUGCACGCUCGGAGUUUCCUUCAAGCGCCCCCAGUUCUACAGUCUCUAGUAGCGCCACGGCCUUUAAGCGUUACUCCAACCGAAGCUCCAGAACGUCUGCCCACAUUUACCCAGAAAUUAUGACUGCAAACCCCUAUCUUUACACAAAUAACCCGGAGGGACCUCUUGCAAACUACAAGGAGUACGCAUCAACCCAAGACGUCUCAACGGAAUACUUUCCCUCCCCCAAAACACCUAGGAAGUCGAUGGAACCCGGUGAAGCCGCCAUUUUAGGCAAGGCCCCUAGACGGCAGUCUUAUCGAGGCCGUGCUACCAAGGGUGCCGCGAGCUCCCCCGACAGUACGCUCAGCUCCGUCUUCAGUAACGAGAGAGAUUCGUAUCGCUUGUCACACAGUAAUACAGUUCUGCCUACGGACGUGAAACAUAGUGUGUUGACAGAGCGUGCGAGGGAGAAGCGCGUGAGCAUGAGCAUACCUGAAAUGGAAUUUGGCGCGGUGUUAAGCCCAGAUGUGCCCUGGGAGCGGGUCAAUCGAGCCAGUGUGCACGCUUCUCCAAAACAGAUCAGACGUCUUGAAGAUACCAUGAAAGACUUGAAAGUCUCCACGCCAGACAAUACUCUGAAGCCGUACUCCUUGGACCAAAUCAUCCCCGAAAAGCGCCCACUUUCCGCGUCGAAGGAAAAGAGCUCCAUCUUUUCGUUCAACAGAUUGAAGAAGGCGGUAUUGAAGAAAAAGCCUGCCGGCAUUUCCAAGGAUAUGAUUUCCGGUCCGUGUGAACUCACCAGCAGCACAAUUCCAGACGUGACAAUGAGCCAGCCGAGGUCCGUGUCCGCAAUGACGGGCGAGAUAGUGGUUCCUGCUGCGUAUAUGCAGAUCAACCACCUUCUUGACGAUUACUACCGUCGCGAACAAGAUGAAGAGGAAGAGAAGCCAGAGCCACCGUUGGUUGUACCAAGUACCAACUACACUCACUCUAAACCCGCGCUUAAGGGCUACUCAUCAAAUCAAACAGCCAGCACCUUGACGCUAGACCAGACGUUACAGAAGAGCUUCCGGAGCAGAUCCCAGGCAAAUAACACCUACUCCCGUCGCAGUAACCAGAAAACAUCAGGAACGCACACGCAAGCUCAGAUACAGCUCUCUCCAGCCCACAGAGACAUUUUGGACAUGGUGGAUAGACAGCCUGUGAGUAUGGGCCACUCCAGGAGCCAGUCAAGCUACACAUAUUUCUGAAUUCACUGGGAUAGACCAGACCGGUCAAUUGGAAACGGCUUUACCCGCGUGUGAUAGGUUCUAGGGGGAUUGAUAAGCCAGAGCACGUCUUGCUCUGCGAAGGGCGGAGGAUAGACCAGGGCUUUUUGAAGUUCCUAGGGAGCCGAGCUAUAGAUCUCAAUCUGUAUUAUUUGAGAUGGACUAUUACGAAACCACACUGUUGUGGUAUUCCCAAAACAUGCACGGUUUCAAAUCAACUUGUAGAUAGGUACUCUGCCCUAAGCGCUCCCCUUUUCCGUUUUAGCCAGAAACUUUGAUAAUAUAUAAGC